AUGGACGCCAACGGCCCGGAGGUCUGGUACGCGUCGUUGCCGCGCAUCACGCGCAUGAUAAUCACGCUAUCGUUCGCGCUGACGCUGAUUACGACGUUCAACAUAGUCUCGCCGCACUCCCUGCUGCUCGACUGGCAAAUCAUCCGCUUCAAGUAUGAAGUGCACCGGAUUCUCUUGGGAUGCUUGUACGCGGGACCAUUCUCGCUGCGGUGGGUCUUUCACACGUACAUGUUCUCCCAGUUUUCGUCAAUGCUCGAGCGCAAUCCAGUGUUUGCCUCUUCGGUUGGCGCAUACCUCUACUUCGUGGUGAUCCAGAUCCUGCUGGUCUCGCUGUUCAGCCUGCUGAUAUACUGGCCGACCGGAUACCCCAUGCUCUGUGAGGCACUUUUGUUCGCGAUCGUGUACUACUGGUCGAAGCGCGACAUGUGGAACUCCGUCUCCAUAUACAUCUUCACGGUAAAGGCCUACCAGCUGCCAUUCGCGAUGCUCUUCUUCAACUUCAUCAUGGGCGCACCGAUGGUCGUAAACAUAAUCGGGCUCAUCUCCGGACACACCUACUACCUGAUGCGCGAGGUGCUGCCCUCAAAGGGGUUCCCCAACCUUCUUUCUGUCUGCCCGCGUUGCUUCGACUACAUGGCCAAGAAGAUGGAGAACCUACUCGACUUCCGCAGGGUCGACACCUACAGCGGCCCCGGCUCAUACGCGUACACUCCGGCUGCACGCCAGCAGCAGCCGCACGUCGGGUUCAUCGGUCGUGGCGUCCGGCUCGGGUCCUCAUAA